GCAACAUAUGAUUUUUAUGCUGUCAGUGUGAACGUCAAAAAUCACGCUUUCUUGUGAAGCCGGAAAAUAUUGAUUUUCACCACUUUUCCCGUGAAAACUCUGCCCAUCGCAUCAGUAUUCGGAAAUCAACAAUGUCCAAGGUUGAGGAGCCCGACACUUCCGAUGGCAGUGACGAUGAAGACUACAAGCCUGAGCGCGGGGAGGCAUGUCCGGGCAGUGAGGAGGACUCCGAUGACGCCACUGACAGCUCAGAUGGUGAAUCGAGAGGGAAGAAGAGCCAAAAGCCACACAAGAAGCGACGAAAGAAAGACAAUGGAACACCUGACAGAGUCGAGGAAACCGUGACGGAUGAGCAAGAGAAGAAACACGCUGAUGCACUCUGGGCAGACUUCCUGAGCGACGUGGAUCCACCACCGCGGAGAGAAGAUGCACCGAAAGAGGCAAAAGUGGCUAAGAGAGUGGAAGAAAGCCCACAAUCCGUCAGAGAAACACCCCAGAAAGCUGAGAAGUUACCGCCAGUCGAGAAAGUAUUCAAUUUCGCAGGAGAGGAAGUUAAAGUUCCAGUAGAUAGUGCCCAGAAGGCCACCAAGAGACCUCCACCGGCUGCCACAGCGCGUCCAAGUCGCAGCAGUGGAGGACUCUCGUCCAUUCUGGGCUCCAUUGGGAAGAAGCCCAAGAUGGGCACGCUAGAGAAGUCGAAGCUGGACUGGGAUCGCUUCAAAAACACCGAAGGCAUCAACGAGGAGUUGGCCACAUUCAACAAGGGCAAGGAUGGCUACUUGGAGCGGCAGGACUUCCUGGAGCGCACGGACUAUCGCCAAUUUGACUUGGAGCGCGACAUGAGGCAGAAAAAGCGCAGCUCUAGAUAAUUCUAUCACGUAAAUCCACAUCAGAAAUUGAGAAAAAUAUACUCAAUAAAAACGUCUCAAAUGAUAUCACGAUAAGAUGUGAGUCGCCUGCACUUUCACCCUUCGCGAGAAGUCUUGUGCGUCUAUCAAAAAUGUAUCGCACGUGGAGAUUAAUUUGCCCCUCAAGCGAAAAUAUUUUAUUAAUGAAUGAAAAUGUGAAUUGAGCGACGCAAAAGCAGUGACUCAAUAUCAGACAUGACUAUAUUAUAACUACAAUUGAGUAAUAAAGUACUCUAGUGAGGAAAAUAUUUGUGUUUUUCGGAAUUUCCGCCGUAUAUUCGUUGAGUUGAGAGGUGAAAUAGCAAAGAACAGAAAAAUUAUGAUUAGAAUGACACUUGCUAAUCAACAAAUCCGAUAUCAGAAGCGGAAAUAAAUGUACGAAAAUCAACUGAUAUUCAACAAAAAUACCUUUUACAAUGCUACACGUAUUUUUACAAUCCACAGAGUCAUUGCUAUGUUGUAUAGAAGAAUAAAAAGGAAUUUAACUGUACAAAUACCGCAAAAACACAAUAAAAUUUAACAUUCAAAAAUACAAAAUUCCCCGAAAAUGAAUGUCACACCCUUCACGUGUUGCUUUUAUAAGCUUCUAUUAUUACUACAUAUGUUGCAAGAGAGCUUUGUUUGAGAUAGAGAGCAAAAGAUGGUUCCAUAAGUGAGCAAAUACCACAAAUACGCCAUAAAAAUUGAAGAUUCAGAAGACAGAUUCUGAGAAAAUUGACAAUUUUCACACGCUUCACGAUGCAAUAUUUAUAGAGCGAUUAUCAGAAGAUGCUUCACAGCAAGAGAG